CAUUCGGCGUCCGGUUGCGCUGUUGUACCGUCUUUYGCGUGCCGUUACCGUCCUUGCCGCCGAUUCCAGUCGUCUUAUAGUUCGGUCGUGUCACGCGUGUGUCUACUGUGCGAGUUCAGUGCGUUUUUGACGUUCGCCCUGGUGUGAACUUAACGAUACUAUUUCAUUGCUUUCUAGUGCGAACGAAUACGUUAAAAAAAAAAAAUUACAAGAAUUUACCUUCUGAUGUAGGAUUUUGCGCGGAUUUUUACUCGAGAAAAACUCGCGGUGCGUGCGAUUCGAGUUUACRCCGGUACCAUUACUGAUUAUUAUCGUUUUUGUUUUUCGUCACAAAUUUAUUGAAUUAUUUAAUAUUUUCAAAAAGAGGGGGCCGACAGUUAUAAAGACCCGGUCGACGGGGAAAAUGCGCAAAAAAUGGAUGGCGACCGCCGUCCGGUUGUUGGUGUUUGCGUUUUUGUUUGCACAACAUGGACCGACCGCAACGUCGUGGGCCACCGACGACGCGAACGGCUCGGCAGCCGUGUCGCAGUCGGCGGCCGAACACGAGUCCGUCGUCGACAAUUUCUUYGCCGCGUACUUCGAACAGCCCUGUUGCGUUCGUCCACGGCACGUUAGACACCACAAAAAUCACGUGCGAGAGUUGUCCUGCGGCCGAAUGUACUACAGGACUUUUCACUUGGAUGAAAAUCGUGACACAUUAUACGUCGGUGCCAUGGAUCACGUGUACCGGCUGAACUUGAGCAACAUCAGCCACUCCAGCUGCAAGCAGGAUUCCAUAAAUCUGGAGCCAUCAAACAUUAUGAGCUGCACGUCUAAAGGAAAAUCUGAGAUAUUGCUUUUCCAGCACAAGGCACUAUACGUGGCUUCCGACGAGAGCGUCAGACAGAUAUACUUGUCAAUGUGCACUCACCGGUACGACAGCUGUUUGCGGUGCGUCCACGACCCGUAUUGCGGAUGGGACAAACAGACCAAGACCUGUAAACCCUACCAGCCCGGGCUCCUGCAAGACGUGACCAACUCGUCGCGGAGCGUGUGCGAAAGCUCGGUGGUCAACAAGAGGYUGACCGUGACAUUCGGCCAGAGCGUACACCUCAGCUGUUUCGUGAAAAUGCCGCAAGUGCUGAAAGUCUACCCGGUAACUUGGUACCAUCACAGCAAGGAGAAGGGACGGUACAUGGUGUCGUUCAGCCGAGUGGAAAAAUACAUAGCAACCGUUGAAGGUGGCAUGGUGAUCGUCGGAGCGUCAGAAGAGGACGGCGGCCGAUACGACUGUCAGCUGGCCGGCGCCCUGCUGUGCACCUUUAACUUGACAGUGGACGCGCAUCGGUGUUCACCGCCGGCCCGGUCGUCAGACUACCAUCGGGUGUACUCAGACUGGUGCCACGAGUUCCAGAAGUACAAGAGUGCGAUGAAAUCUUGGGAGAAAAAACAAGCUCAAUGCAGUAGCUCAAGACAAAACGAGACCGCGAUUGCCCAGGGUCUCCUGUCAAACGAAUUAAACGCAAGUCCAGCCCUAUAAGGAGGAUACUAUAAUAUACAAUAAUAUACGAGGUGCCGCUGAAACAACGGUCGCCGACACCACUACCACCACAGCCACCGCAAACACCCAGCCACAUCCCGUGUACACGCUAUAAUAUGCGUUAAUGUUAUGAUAAUACACCGUAAUCAUCGUGUCAGUCGUUCCAACGCCGCGGAAAAAAGCUAAACAAAUGUAUUAACAAUGUAUACACACAAUAUAUUGUAUGAGGUAAAAAACGUCAUCAUAUUAGUUGUCGUCGUCGCCAUAGUCAUUAAGUAUAAUAUAGUGUAAAAAGAUUUUUUUUUAUAUUUUAAUGCAGAUUCACGUAAUACAUAAUAUACACCUGUWGGUACCUAUAAGUGUUUGUACCAAAUACGUAAUACAGGAAAUGUAUGUACGCGUAUAUACGUAUAUAUUGUAUAUAAUUAUAUGUAUAAUGUAUAUUAUGUACUUUAAUAUUAAUAAUUAGAAUUUAAUGUACAGACUGCCUACAUAAGCUUUGAACUAUAACCGCGACGAGCGACAGGCGAUAUUAUACUAUAUUAUAAUAUAUUACCUACCUUUUUUUUUAACGAUAUAUACAUAUUUUAUCUACAAUCUUCUGUGAUAAUGUAGCUGUUAGAUUUUUUUUUUAUUAAAUAUAUGGAAAUAAUAUGUUAUUAUACUACCCAAUUAGACAUAAUAUUUUAUAAUA